AAAGAAACCCCGACCCCGGAGAAGAAAUAGAGGAAAUAGGGGUGAGCAAGGUCAUGGGGACCCAGAGUUACCUUCAUCUACUGUACAGGCACUCCCCGUCCGGGUGGGACCAGCUAACCUGGACGGAGAGCAAACCUAUCAAUACUGGCCCUUUUCCCAUUUUGUUCACUCAUAACCCCACCUGGGAUGAUUGCCAGCAGCUGUUGCAGGUGCUCUUCACCACGGAAGAACGGGAGCGAAUCCUGGCAGAGGUGCAGAAACGGGUCCCGGGGGUCGACGGGAGGCCAACCGCCCAGCCUCAUCUCGUGGACGAGGGGUUUCCUCUGUUGCGGCCUAACUGGGAUUUUGAGCGAGUGGAAGGUAGGGAGCAUCUCCAAGUGUACCGCCAGACUCUAAUGGCUGGCCUGCGGGCCGCAGCUAGAAAGCCAACAAAUUUGGCAAAGGUAAAUUUAGUAAGGCAAGAGCCCACUGAGAGCCCGUCAGCCUUCCUAGAGAGGCUAAUGGAAGCCUUUAGGCAAUAUACACCUAUGGACCCCCAGGCUGAGGAAUCACGCACUGCAGUUCUACUAGCGUUUGUGAAUCAGGCAGACCCAGAUACUAAGAGGAAAUUACAAAAGAUAGAGGGGUUAGGAGAACAGACAAUACAAGACUUACUGAAAGCAGCUGAAAAGGUAUUUAAUAAUAGAGAGACCCCAGAAGAAAGGAGCCACGGGGACAAAAAAAGAUAUUGUUGGACCAUGGAACAGAAAGUAAAUCUGGGGACCCACCAGGUGUCCCAUUCGUUUUUGGUGAUACCAGAAUGCCCAGCCCCUCUACUUGGACGGGACUUGUUGACUAAAGUUAAUGCUCAGAUCCAUUUUGACCCUGGGGGAAUGUCAGUCACGGAUGGACUUGGACAGCCGAUACAUGUCUUGUCUCUAGCUUUAAGAGAUGAAUACAGACUUUUUGUGCCUAAGCCCUCAGAGAUUAUAGCACCAGAUAUACAACCGUGCGUCCACAAAUACCCUUUGGCAUGGGCAGAAAUAGCAGGAAUGGGACUGGCUAAACAGAGACAUCCGGUCGUCAUCAAACUAAAAGCUGAGGUGGCUCCUGUGAGGGUGAGGCAAUACCCUAUGAGCCAGGAGGCUCGGCGGGGGAUCACUCCCCACAUUCAACGGCUCAUGGAUGCCAGAAUUCUCAAGCGGUGCCAAUCCCCUUGGAACACCCCCUUACUACCGGUGAAGAAGCCGGGGAGUACGGAUUACAGACCUGUCCAGGACCUACGAGAAGUCAACAAGCGGGUGAGUGACAUACACCCUACUGUCCCCAACCCGUAUACCCUCCUGAGCAGUCUGCUGCCUAAGUACACUUGGUACACUGUGUUGGACUUGAAGGAUGCCUUUUUCAGCCUACCCCUGGUGGCCCAGAGCCAGGAAAUAUUUGCCUUUGAGUGGACUGAGGAGGAAGGCCAACCGGUAGUACAACUAACUUGGAUCCGCCUCCCACAAGGGUUCAAAAACUCCCCUACAUUGUUUAAUGAGGCUUUGAGUGAAGACCUCUAUGAAUAUCGGACUCGCCACCCAGAGGUCAUCCUGCUGCAAUAUGUGUAUGACCUUACGUUGGCUGGAACCACAGAGGAGGCAUGCAGCCGUGCCACCGGUGACCUCUUACAGACUCUAAGCACCUUGGGACAUCGUGCUAGCGCAAAGAAGGCUCAAAUAUCCCAGCAAGAGGUCACCUAUUUGGGGUAUAAGAUCAGGCAGGGACAAAGGUGGCUAACUCAGGCCAUGAAAGAAACAAUAUUGCAGAUACCAGAGCCCAAGACCCCCCGCCAAGUGAGAGAGUUUCUGGGGACUGUUGGAUAUUGCAGACUGUGGAUCAUGGGGUUUGCUGAGAAGGCCUGGCCCUUGUAUGAGGGAAGUAAAGAGACCCCAAACUGGACUUGGACUGAGCCAAUGAAACAGGCUUUCUAGACACUCAGACGGGCCCUACUAGAAGCCCCAGCCCUUGCCCUGCCUAACCCAAAUAAGCCAUUCCAGCUGUUUGUAGAUGAAAAGCAAGGAAUAGGAAAGGGGGUCUUGACGCAACAAUGGGGACCAUGGAAGCGGCCGGUAGUAUACCUUUCAAAGCGAUUAGACCCGGUGGCCUCUGGGUGGCCCCCUUGCCUCCGCAUCAUUGCAGCCACUGCCCUCCUCGUCCGCGACGCCAAGUUGACGUAUAGACAGCAACUCUGGGUUUACACCCCCCACGCCAUUGAAGGGGUUCUAAAGCAGCCGCCAGGUAAGUGGAUCUCCAAUGCCUGUUUGACACAUUACCAGGCCCUGCUGCUUGAUGCCCCACGGGUGCGUUUUCAGACCCCUUGCUUCCUGAAUCCAGCCACGCUUCUACCUAACCCAGAGAAGGACCACCCUCUCCAUGAUUGCAGUGAGAUACUGGCUGAGGCCCUGGCAGCUCGAAAAGACUUAACUGAUGUGCCGCUAAACAACAGUGAGCUAGUAUGGUUCACCGAUGGGAGCAGCUAUGUAAAAGACGGGCAAAGGAAGGCGGGAGCCGCCAUAGUUGAUGAUUCAAGGCAGACAAUAUGGGCUGAGACACUCCCCCCAAACACGUCUGCGCAAAAAGCAGAAUUGAUUGCCCUAAUACAGGCUCUGGAACAAGCAAAAGGGAAGAGAGUCACCAUUUUUACGGACAGCCAAUAUGCUUUUAGCACUGUCCAUAUUCAAGGUCCGAUAUACCAGGAAAGGGGAUUUAGAACAGCGGAGGGAAAAGAAGUCAAGAAUCUGCCCGAGAUCCCCAGGCUUCUGAAAGCUGUUCAACUGCCCCGGGCAGUAGCAAUUGUACAUUCCGGUCACCAGAAAAGAGAAGACCCUAGGGCACGGGGCAAUUGGGCUGCUGAUGCAUCUGCUCGAGAAGCGGCCAGCCGGGACUAUGCCGCCCCCAUAUUAGCUGUGGGACUUCCACCUCCUGGUUCACCCCAGAGUGCUCUGCAUGUUAUCUGGGAGCUCGGCAUCUGCAGGAUGAAGGCUGAGUGUCAUGAGCUGCAGGCAUCGGAAGGCUUGGCUGGAGCUGGGGCAUCUGCCUUUGUGUGGUCCAGCCACACAGGUGAGGGCGGGAGGGCGUCCCUACGUCCGGAUCACCUGUGCCUUUCCAGAGCUGCUGUGUCCUCCCCCAAGUGGCAGCCACUUCCCACCAAGGGCCCCAGAGGAGGCGGAAGAAGCUUCCGAUUCCAUAUCAGGAAAAUAUACAGCCUCAAGGCUAAUAAUGCCUGUCCACCGCCUCCCAAUGAUUUUGGCAAAGGUGAGCAAUGUGCAGAGAAAAGAGAAAGAGGUGAAAAGGCGGGACUGGAAAGGGAAGAGAAGCGCCCGUGGUCAGUCACUGGGCCAGACCUGCACUGUGGGCUGCUGUCACCAUCAGUCAACAGGGAGGAAGCGCAAGGGGACAGAAUCAUCAAAGUCGGGCCCUCAUCUGGUCCCACUCCCAGGUUCUGGACAGACACUGGAUCCGAGGACAGCCUCACCACGCUUCCCCCACACCGCCGCCGCGCCGUGCAGCCGGCUCGCCCCGCAGCCGCCGCUAAGACCCGGAGGAGUGGAAUUCCACCCUGA